GAAGCUGGUUUACAAAAUCUGAUGCGAAAUGGUGCAAAUAUGUUAUCGGAAAAUAUUCGGAAUAUUGGCAGCUAUUUUGGCCAACGUUGAGUGUUCCCUUUUUAAUGAUCCACUGGCACCAAGAUUGUACCAGAACCAAGUAGUCAGAUACAUUGAUCUACCGGCAACGGCGAAGCAAACUCAAAAUAUAACAAUCCGUCUGGAUAUUCCCAGUUUGGUGGAGAAGACAGCCAGGAUUGUUUUUGUUUUUGGCAAUUUGUUCCCGCGGUAUCCAAAGAAUCGCCGCGAAACUUUUUUCCACAGCCGCUGUUUGGGGAAUCCCCGUGAAUGUUCAACUUUCGAUGAAUCAUAAUACAAACCUGUCGUCGAAUUGCUCACAACUGGAUUGCGUCACAACUUUUGUCCAUAAUGUAGCCAUCGUCGAUUACCUCGCACGGAUUGGAAGUCGUCCUUCGGAGAAUGUAUCUUCGGUCUUAGAGGAAAAUUUGCGUUCUGUUCUGCAGUAUCGACGUCAGGAUGGUUCGUUCGGUACCCCUUCGGUAUCGCGUGUUUACCUGACGGCCUUUAUUGCCAAAGGACUUCAGGUGGCCAAAAGGUACAUCUUUAUCCAUGAAGCCAUUCUUGGUGAUGCGCUGAAGUGGCUUGCGGCGAAACAACAGCCCUCGGGACAGUUUGUCGAGGUAGAACCAACGUUGUACGAGAAAAUGAGAGACCUCAGGCUUACCGCUUACGUGCUGACGAUCUUCGCGACGGAAAACCAAUACACGGAAGUCGUGCGGAAAGCUUCCGAGUACGUAGCUGACAGAACCGAACAGAUGGGUGUCUACGAGCUUGCUCUGGCUUCCUACGCGUUAUCACUAGCCAAUCAUCCCAAGGGUAAGUACUGCCUGGAGCAGCUUAACCAUCCAAGAUCACCUGGAUAUCAACCAAACGCCUACUGGAGAGGUAAAUCGUCCAAUGCUGAAAUAGCCGGGUACGCGCUGCUGGCAUCCCUGAAUCAUACAGUCUACACCAACACGGAGGACAUUGUCCAGUGGUUGAAGUCUCGUUCCUUUCGCUCAUACGGGAGAUUCCGACAUACGCAGGGCAUUACCACUGCUCUAACAGCUCUUUCACAACACUACGAAAAGUUUUCCCAGUAUAUCAACAGCUACACCGUCCAACUUCGAUACCAAUCAAACUUCAAGAUCCUUCACGUUACUCCAACCGACUCCAGAAUGUUCGAACUGGAUCUACCGAGCAAUACCAAGCUCGUACAAGUCCAAGUUCAAGUUACCGGAUUUGGUCGGCUGGCAUGGAGGCCAGCUUCGCGCUAAACGUACAACUAGUCAA